AUGGCCAAAAAUGGUGUUCCUUCGGAUCAAGCCGGGAUGCCGAUACCCGCUUUCGACCCGCCUCGUAAACCGAAGAGGAACAAGUAUGCUUUGGCUUGUGCUUUGAUGGCCUCUUUAGCCUCCAUCUUGCUCGGUUACGAUAUUGGAGUAAUGAGCGGGGCCAUUAUCUACAUCGUCAAAGACAUAACAAUGACGGAUGUGGAAAAGGAGGUGGUGAUGGGGAUCAUAAACCUAAUCUCACUCGUCGGAUCGUUUAUGGCCGGCCGGACGUCCGAUUGGAUUGGCCGCCGCUUCACGAUCAUCAUAGCCGGAUCGAUAUUUUUCGUCGGUGCCCUUCUCAUGGGCUUCGCCACUAACUACGCCUUCUUGAUGGUGGGCCGCAUUGUGGCUGGGAUCGGAGUCGGGUUCGGGAUGAUGAUAGCGCCCGUGUACACUGCUGAGGUGGCGCCCGCCUCGGUUCGCGGCUUCCUCACCUCGUUCCCUGAGGUGUUCAUCAACGUCGGUAUAUUGCUCGGCUACGUUUCGAACGUGACGUUUGCGAACCUUCCACGAAACCUCGGGUGGCGGUUCAUGUUCGGCAUCGGGAUCAUCCCGGCCAUCGGCAUCGUCGUCGGCGCGCUCAUCAUGCCCGAGUCCCCCCGGUGGCUCGUCAUGCAGGGCCGCAUUUCCGAGGCGAAGCGCGUCCUCGACAAGACCUCCGACUCCCCCGAAGAAUCUUUCCUCCGACUCCACGACAUCAAACAAGCGGCCGGCAUACCCGAAAACUGCAACGACGACAACGUCGUCGUCCCCGCCUCCCGGGCCCACCACGGCGAGGGCGUGUGGCGCGACCUCCUCUGCCCGACGCCCGUCGUUCUCCACAUCGUCAUGUGCGCAUUCGGCAUCAACAUCUUCCAACAAGUUAGCGGCAUCGACUCGGUAGUCCUCUAUAGCCCGACCAUAUUCGAGAAGGCAGGGAUCAAAGGCGAAAGGGACAAAUUGCUAGCCACGGUGAGCGUGGGCUUCACGAAGACGGUCUUCAUAUUGGUCGCCACGUUCCUCGUUGACAAGUUCGGUCGACGGCCGCUCCUCCUAACGAGCAUGGGAGGAAUGUUCUUGUCGUUGAUGGCUCUGGCGACCGGGCUAACCGUGAUCGAUAACGGGCCGGGCACGGCAGGUUGGGCCGUGGCACUUUGCGUGGUGGGGGUUUUGUCCUAUGUGGCGUUCUUCUCAUGCGGGAUGGGGCCCGUCGUGUGGGUCUAUUGCUCGGAGAUUUUUCCGCUGAAGCUGAGAGCGCAGGGGGUUAGCACGGGGGUCGCGCUCAACCGGGUGAUGAGCGGGACGAUCGGGAUCACGUUCAUAUCGUUGUACAAAAGCUUGACGAUUGGAGGAGCGUUUUUUCUUUACGGUGGGCUAGCGGCAUUGGCAUGGGUGUACAUUUACGUGCUUUUGCCGGAGACGAGGGGCCGAUCGCUGGAGGAAACCGAGGCGUUGUUCGGGGGUUUCUAUAAGUGGAGAUCCACGGUGAAGGAGCUGGAUGAGAAGAAGAAGGAGAAGAAACUGGAGAAAGGAGACAAUAACUGA